UGGCUCCGUCGGCGGUUACGUGCUCGCGCGCGAGCCACCACCACUCGUCCCGUCGUCCGUUCCCCACCUCACCCUCUUCUUCUCCCCCUCUUCUCCUCCCCACCUUAAAACCCGUCGCCGCCAUGACGCUGGCAUCCACCUCGCCUCUCGCCGUGGCCGCCCGACCCAAGACCUUCCAGCGCUGCGCCCCUCGCCGCAUCCCUCGCGUCUCCUGCCAGGCAGUCCCCGACCGCCCGGCUCGCGGCGGCAACGCGUCGAACGGCUCGCCCGCGCCGCUGCCGAGGUGGUGCGCCGCGGUCUCCGCCGCACUCGCGGUGGCCAUGGUCGCCGCGAUGCCGGCAUAUGCGGACCUGAACAGGUUCGAGGCCGAGCAGCGGGGCGAGUUCGGCAUCGGCUCCGCCGCGCAGUUCGGCUCGGCCGACCUCAAGAAGGCUGUCCAUAUUAACGAAAAUUUCAGGCGGGCAAAUUUCACAGCUGCUGAUAUGAGAGAGUCAGAUUUUAGUGGUUCUACAUUCAAUGGUGCCUAUCUUGAAAAGGCUGUUGCUUACAGAGCAAAUUUCACUGGUGCUGAUUUGAGUGAUACUUUAAUGGACCGCAUGGUUCUCAAUGAAGCUAACCUUACGAAUGUUGUUCUUGUACGGUCAGUCCUCACACGUAGUGAUCUCGGAGGAGCAAUCAUUGAAGGCGCUGACUUCAGUGAUGCUGUUAUCGACCUAACACAGAAACAGGCUUUAUGCAAAUAUGCAAGCGGAACCAACCCCUUGACAGGGGUAAGCACUCGAAAAAGCCUAGGAUGUGGCAACAGCCGUCGAAAUGCAUAUGGGAGCCCUUCGUCCCCUCUGUUGAGUGCCCCACCACAGAAACUUCUCGACCGCGAUGGUUUUUGUGAUUCAGCUACCGGUAUGUGUGAUGCAAAAUGAGAGAGAUCAACCUACUACAGAAACUGGGCACUGGAUGCUGUAUAUACAUGGAGAUUGGGUGAAAGACAGCAGAAUAGUGCAGAAAAACAGUCGUUUCUUCUCCUUUUGCAAGUGUUGUAACAUUGCAACGGAAUCAGGUGAACUUUGGGAUGUAGAUAUGGGCGCUGAGCACUGAAUGCCGCAUAUACUAUAAUAUGUAUAUGAAGUAGAUCGUAUCAUA